UUUAAAAAUCUGUAAGUUGGAGAUGGAAUAGCAGCUGCAAAGCACACCUCUGAGGUCUGGUGACAUUUGUGGGCUGGAAGAGUGUGCUUGGAGUAGAAGUUGAGUACUGGAAGGAGGUUCUCCUUUCCUGAUCCGAUUUGCUUGUUUCCACCACACAGUGGGACCCCCGAGGCUGCUGCAGGAGCCGGAGAUCCUGUCCGGGCCUCAGAACCUGACCCUCACAGUGCACCAGACGGCAGUGCUGGAGUGUAUCGCCACGGGUCACCCUCGGCCGCUUGCCUCCUGGAGCCACCUGGGUGUGCAGCUGCCCCGCCCCAUCUCUCAGAGCCCCGUGCCCUUGUCCUAUCCCAACCUGACCCCCCCAACGCCUUCUUGCAGAUGGCCGCUCCAUCGGCGUGGAGGGCAUCCAAGUUCUGGGCACCAGGAAUCUCAUGAUCUCCGACGUGUCAGUCCAGCACUCAGGUGUCUAUGUCUGCGCUGCCAAUCGGCCGGGCACCCACGUCCAGCGCACAGCACAGGGCGUCCUGCUCGUGCAGGCUCCCCCUGAGUUUGUCCAAUGGCCACAGUCCUUGUCCAAGCCUCCGGGCAGCAGUGCCAUCUUCACCUGCGUGGCCCAGGGCGUCCCUGAGCCCCAUCUGGUCUGGCUGAAGAAUGGGAAGGUGCUGAGUCCUGGGGAUAACAUCAGGCUGACCCACAACAAUAGGUACUCGUGUCUUACCACUCCCCACUGGCCACUGGCAAUGGUAUGUCCCCCUACCCACCCUGGGCGUCCACCCCCACCUACAUGCAACACUCACUACCUAAAUCUCAAAAAUCCACACCCAUCCACAAACCGCCAGCAAGUUACCUUCUACUUCCAGCAAUUCCCCCUUCCCCCAGGAGGCUCUGCCCUGACUUCUCCAUUACAGGUAAUGCCCCCACACAGCCUCCUCCUCUAGGGCCACUCCACCAUGGCUUGGUGGGAAAGGGCUCCCAGCAGCUGAGUUUGUCUUUCUCUAGCACGCUGAUGCUGGCAGGCAUUUCAGUCGAGGAUGAGGCCAUCUAUCAAUGCAUAGCAGAGAACAGUGCAGGCUCCAAUCAGGCCAGUGCCCGCCUGGCUGUGAAAGGGGGCCCAGAGUCACACCCUGUCCCCAGGGGCCUGCAUGCCAUGGCUCUCUCUACUUCUGCCAUUCAAGUGUCCUGGGAGCCACCCCCCUCCAGCGGGGACAUCACUGGCUAUGUGCUGCACCUCCGGCCUGUGGGAGGUGGGUGUGGGUGGGUGGACAGGGCUUUGAGCUCAGAGCAGGGCCAGGAGCCAGGAGUCCCCAGCGCCAGCCCACCUCUGCUCCUGACUGCUGAUGUCCUAGGCGAGUCCCUCUCACUCUCUGGGUCCCAGUCUCCUCCAUGACCCCAGACCCUUCCGGAUUCUUCCUAGGCCUCUGGGCCUGUGGUUCUCUGGGCUGGCUGCCUCUGUACAUGGUCUUUUGGUGCUUCCUUAUUGCUUUUCAGCUUGACUCUAGGCCCUUUCCUCAUCCUCAUCCUUUCUCAGCUUAGCUCCAACUUCUGCAGCCUCUUUCCCUGCUCUCCUUGGAGGCUUGGCUGGUCCAGACAGGCACCAGGAGGGGGCUUCGUCCCCAGUUUGUGAGGGAGCAAGGACAUGACUACUGAGAAGAUGCUGUUCUGCUCCUCAGAGCCAUCUGGCCCGGAGCUCCAAGAGGCUGUGAGCAAAGGCACCUCUGAGCACGUCUUAUCCAACCUGGAGCCUGCCACAGCCUACACCAUCCAUUUGCGGGCCUACUCAGCAGAGGGUGCCAGUCAGGACUCUGCCCCCGUCUUUGCCUCCACCAUGGGCAGCAGUGAGUGACAGCCUCUCUAGCCUUGGGAAGUCCCUGGCCUCAGGUGGGCAGGGACUGCCAACCAGUUUGCUUGUUUUCCUCUGUAGCCCCUGCUGCCCUGGGCUUCUCCACCAAAGUGCUCAAUGCCACCUCUGUGCAGGCCUCCUGGGAGCUGCCACCACAGCUGGGACCCAUCCAAGGCUUCAAACUCUUUCACCGCAAGCUGCCUGCUGCCCAUUUUGAGGGGCUCCUGCUCCUGGCCAGCAGUGUCAGAUCCUUUCUCUACACAGACCUGGGUGAGGAUCUGAACCUUCUUGUGACACUCAAGGCCCGCCCU